AUGGACCCAAUUACAGCCUUAGGAGUCGCGGCAGCUGUGAUACAGUUCAUUGAUUACAGCACAGGAAUAGCUUUGAAAGGAAGAGAGGUUUAUAAGUCUGGAGAGCUUGGGGCCAAUGUUGAACUUGGGGAGGCGACAAAUCGCUUGCAAAACUUAGUCGAGCCGUUAAGGAGCUCUCUUCAUUCAAAAAUUCAAAACGCACCUUCGCCUUCACCAGCGGAUGCCGAUCGAGCCCUCAAAGAUAUCUGCACUAAAUGCAUCGACUUGUCUGAGGAACUUAGCGGUAUUCUUGACUCCCUAAAGCUCAAUCUAAGCGUUAAGCAUCCAAGGCUAGCAAGCUUCCAACAAGCAGUCAGGGCUGUUUGGAAUGAUGAAAAGAUACAAGGGUUGAAAAGUCGUUUGGGUGAUUUGCGUAGCAAUCUCGAGACACAUGUUCUUGUUGACUUGAGAUAUCGAAUGAUCGAAGUCAAGCUCGAACAGGAAAACAAUUUCAAAACGCUUGAUAAAGCAUUGCAAGCAAUAAUGCAAGACGUCCUAGACAAUCACCAGAGUAGUUUAACUAAGUUUGAGCAAAACUUCAAUCACUUGAGAUUGUCGCAGGAGAAAGAGCAUUCGCACACUCGCAGUGUGCUUGUCGAUCAACAAGCAUCGAGGCAUCGGCGUCAGGCGGAAUUAAGUAUUCUUGAAAGUCUCAAGUUUUCAUCGAUGAAUCUUCGGCAUGAGACGAUUGCUGAAGCACAUCAGCAAACUUUUGAGUGGAUAUUUUGCGAUCCCGAAAUUGAACAUAAACCAUGGAGCAAUUUCAGCGAAUGGCUGAAAAACGAGAAUGGCAUCUACUGGAUUCAUGGCAAACCUGGAUGUGGAAAGUCAACCUUAAUGAGAUUUAUUGUCGAUGAUUCUCGAUCUCGUGGAUACGCAGAAACAUGGGCACAUAAUACUCCCCUGGAGACACCAUCUUUUUUCUUCUGGAACAGUGGUGAUGAAGCUCAAAGAUCGCAAUCUGGCUUACUUCGAAGUCUACUUUACGAGAUUCUUGAGAAACAUUGCACUCUCAUACCCGAAGUAUUUCCCAAGGAAUGGAAGACCGCAUUCGAGAAUACCCUGCAUAAUGUCCCUAUUCUGGCAACAAACUGGUCACUACCUGUACUGAAAAAGUCAUUCCGGACAUUGAUCGAGAAAACGUCGGGAACACUAUCAUUUUGCUUCUUCAUUGAUGGUUUGGAUGAAUACGAAGGAGAUUAUUGGGAUAUUGCAGAUUACUUUUACGAACUAUCCGAAUCGAAACACGCGAAAUUUUGCUUAUCCAGCCGGCCUGAAAUUGGAUUUUUGGAUACAUUCGGAAGCGUGCCCCAACUAAAGCUCCAUGACCUAACGGCGUCUGACAUUACAAUCUACGUUCGAAAUAGAUUGGAGAAUAACUUACAGAUGCGACUUCUGAUGAAUACUAGUCCGUCGGAUGCGUCGGCGCUGAUAACCAACGUCGUGUAUGAUGGGAAUGGGGUGUUCUUAUGGGUUAGACUGGUCGUCAAUUCUUUACUGAAUGGCCUCCGAAAAAGGGAUGAUGUUUCAACGCUCAGAGCUCGCCUACAAGAAACUCCAAAGGAGAUUGAUGACCUCUAUGACCGUAUUUUAUCGUCCAUUGAUCGAAUACACAUGGUAGAGGCCUCGAAGAUAUUUCAACUAGAAAAGGGUGCAAGGGUACUCUUGUCAAAAAUCAAUUUUCUAGAUUUCUAUGCUGCCUACAAAUUGAGCUUUAAGUCUUUCAGUCAAGCUAUACUUGCAGACGAAACUUCCUGCUUUCGCCAAAUGUCCCUCGAGGAUUGCGGGGAGGAUCUCGCCCAUGUGUUACGUACCCGGUGUGGAGGGCUUUUGGAAUUGGCCAAGAGCAUAGGCGAUGUGAAUUAA